ACCUCUCCGCUUGCCGUAGUUUAAAUCCUCGCGACCUCUGACUUGCACUAAACUUCUCUACUUCCUGCUCGCUCUCUCGGUCUUAUAGACUGAAAAGGCGAUGGUUUUGAAGGAAAGGGAUUGUAUUUCGAUUGAUUUGGAUUGAAUUUGAGUUCAAGAUGAGCUGGAUUCCUUUCAAAAUUGGACAACCAAGGAAACAGAUUGUUUCGAAAACGGUUGAAAGGGACUUUGAGCGGGAAUAUGAGAAGCUCCAAAAGUUGGAAGAACAGACAAAGAAGCUGCAUAAAGACAUGAAGAAAAGCACAGAGGCUGAUUUAGCAAUGUCUAAAGCAGGAGUGAAGAUCUCAGGGGACUUGUUGAGCAAUCCGUUGUGUGAGCAGGAUCUGGCUUUCCUUGAAUCCAUGACUGCUCUGGAUACAGCCAUGAAGAGAAUGGAUGCCUUCAAUCAGGAGAAGGUCAAUCAGGUUCAGAAGACCGUGAUCGACCCUUUGAAAAAGUACAGCAGUGUGUUUCCCAGUCUGAACAUGGCGGUAAAACGCAGGGAACAGGCUCUUCAAGAUUAUAAGAGACUCCAGUCUAAAGUGGAGAAAUAUGAAGAAAAAGAGAAGACGGGGCCCAUCAUGGUCAAACUCCAUCAGGCCAGGGAAGAACUGAAGCCUGUCAGGGAAGACUUUGAAGCCAAGAACAAGCAGCUGUUGGACGAGAUGCCCAAGUUCUACAACAGCCGCAUCGACUACUUUCAGCCCAGCUUUGAGGCUCUGAUACGAGCUCAGGUGGUGUAUUUUACAGAGAUGCACAAGAUCUUCACUGAACUGACGGAUCAGAUUGAUCAGGGCGGUUUGACAGAUGAACAGAGAAAGCAAGAGAACGAGGCCAAACUGAACGAGUUGCGCGCGCUGUCCAUCGUGGCCGACGACUGAGACAUCCUGUUACCCACGGGUCUUGCUCUGAUGUUUUAAUGAAGUCAUUUAAUUUAUUUUGUUAUUUUUUUUGUUGAUGGUGUAGAAGUCUUGUUUUGAAUAUCUUGUUGUUAGAUGAAGCCAUCAGAAAACACCAACGAUACAGUAAAACCUUUUAACGGGAAUUUUUAAACAUGUUCAGAUUCUCAUAUUAACGUGAAGUUUAGAUUCUCAGCUGGAAUUAAUUACCUUUUCUUUUUUUCCAGUCACUUUCUGUUGAUCAGACUUCCUGUGUUUUGGUUUUUCUAGUCUUGUCUUUUCUUUUCGUUAUUACAGUCACUAUAACUGACCAACAAUUGAAUUUUUAACAGAUCAUUUACAUGUGUAUCCUAAAGCUUUCCCAUUGACCACAGGCUAAAUUAAUAUUCAAACCAUAAUACGCUAAAGCUUAGUUUUUUAUACAUUUUAUGUUUUCUGUAGCAUUCAAACACUACAAUAGUAUGUUCUUUAGCUUUUUUAUGCUUUUACAGUAUCUUCAGAAAACAGUGUAACACUGGAAUAGUGCAGAGAAUUGUUGGAAAAAUGUUACAGUGCGAUCGUCAGGUAACAGAAAUCAUGUUAGUCUGGUGUGGAUUCUGUGAUGAAAUACAUGCAUCUAAAUGAUACUCUGCCUCCCUCUACUGACACACGUGAAACAUUUUACAGUUUUUGUGUCUGACCUGUGUUUGUGCUCAUUGUGUUUGUAAUGAAGGAAAGACCGGUUUAUAUACAUUAACCAGUAGUCUUACAGCCAUAAUACACAAGGGCCAAUUAUUUAAGCCACACAUUUUCAUCUCGUUGAUGUGAAUAGCAUCAGUUACUGACAAUCACGAUGUAGUGAAGUUUUUAAACUGGAAAAGCCUUAAUUGUAUAAACAAAAGAUUAUUGGUUCGGUUUGACAUUAUUUAAAAUGUUGUUCACUAUAGUCCAGUGUAAGCAAAUUCAGUGCCUUUCUCUACCAAGCAACUUAAUGUAAGCAUUAUACAACGUUUUUACUGCUUUGCUUUUAAAAUAAAUGCAUGUUUGACUUCUGAAAUAAUCGAAAACCACAGAAUUUUCUGGACCACAGCCUUACGAUUCCCAAAAAUGUGUGCAUUUUUCGUCUGUAAAAUUGUUUUCCUUUAAACAAAUUGUUUGCUGUUGUGUUAACCUGUCAAACAUUCUUACAGUAAAUUGGUUGUGGAUA